AUGGACCCCCUUGCUGACCUUCAACCUCCCUCUUCUAACGAAGGGGGCCGGAGUCUAGGGUCGACCGAUGCACCAGGGCAGUACCACGAGGGUGAGGAAACGGCAGCUGCCAUUGGAGGGGGAAAUGUCGCGAACCAGGAAAACAUCGGAAGUAUCGGGCCCCAAACCACCGCAGCCAGAACCGACGUCACGCUUCACUUGGCUCCGAGGGAGUACCUGGCGACGCUAGACGAAACCGGAAAGAAAGAUCUCCUGAGAUUGUCGCUGUCGACGCUGGAUGCCACCGCAGGGCGAAGUUUAACGAAAGAAAUCUGGGGUGAGGAGUCGCCCCACAACGUUGAAGUUCGGGAGGAGAAGGAGAGUGGUGGCGAGAGCUGCCAUCAGCCCCGAAGCGGGUCACACGGAUGUAGCUUUGAGCGUUGCGCUUCCGUUCAUGUAAGUGUUGCACGGAGCAGUCCAUCUCGGGGGAGAUCUCGCGAACGAUGUGACCGACGCACACGCGAAAGACUAGGCGUAAGAGGACACAGCCCAUUUGUGCGCCGUAGCCGGUCCCGAGGGGGAACAGGUCGAAGAAGCCUCGGUCGCGAAAUUAAUCCACGGGCGGAGGAGGGCAGAAGCCAGAACCGUUGGCGUUACAGCAGACGUUGUAGCGUUGCUGACCGAAACUCGCUCGAGAAAGAAGGAUACUGGACGACUGCUAGGCACACAUGCACGAGAGGGUCAUCAAAACGUAGUUGGAGCCCCCCUCACCGGGGGGAGUCCAGAGGCCGCGUCAAACGUAACGGUGGAGGAAGCUCAUGGAGCUCUCCGAGUAGUUCCCCGUCCACUGAGUCGGACGAGAGAAGCGCGUCUCACAGACGCCGAGUCUCAAGAGUACGUCGCGAUCCGGACAAAGAGUAUGGAAGACAGAAUCCAAAGGACCGUGAGCGGAGAAAGAGUCGGAGAUACUGGAGCGCAAAGUACAUGGGCCCACUACCAACCCCAGCGCUACCGCGGUUCGAUGAUAAGACGAAGGACAGUUACGUGCGAUUCAUCAAGCACUUCCGUGCCGUGGUGGCGCACACGGAUUAUACAGACGAAGAUCGUUUGAGAUUCUUGGCAGAGGUUUGUGACGAACCGGUGUCCAAGCAGUAUCUGCAAAUGAUCCAGGCCUAUGGAGCAGAGGGGGGGUAUCAAGAGGCUUUGGAAUACCUCAGUGACAACUUCGGUCUGAAGGUCGGAAAGACUCAGCGCUUACUAGAAAAGUUAAGGGAACGUAGUAAAAUGGAAGAAGGGGACCUGACUGGCGUCAGGCAAGUCUAUGCGGACCUACGAGAGUAUAGUCUCCACCUCCACGCUCAAGGGGGAUCUAGCUCUGGAGCGGCAGAGCUGUUGCGACGGGACGUAAUUGGUUGCCUACCUCAGUCCCACGAGACCCGAUACUAUGUAGAGGAACGACGGAGGAGUUACAAGAUGAUGUUAGAGCAUCUGAUUAAUUACGUAGCCGAGACCAUGAUGAUCAUGCGAUCAGUACGACCAAGGGAACGGGAACCGGAGGAAUCGAUAACGAAUAAGCCGAAAGCAGAAUACACUAAACCCAAGAGUGGGGCGGAAGUGAGGGAGGAAUGUUGUUUGUGCUUAUCGAACCACCCUCUCAGAGAUUGCCGAGCGUUCAAGCGAAUGGAUCCGAGCUCUCGGAUGUCCGUGGUCAUUAGGCACCGCGCCUGCUACCGGUGCUUAGGCAAAGGACACAACUCAUCCACUUCUACGAGCACAUCCGUAUGUGGGGAAAUAGGUUGUGGAGGUAAACACUCAGUCCUACUUCGUGGUGCAAUGACACCUCUCGGAGCAACGCGUCCGGCACGAGGACGGGGGAGUGCUGAGCAUCCCUCCUCCUCAUCAGCGAGGCGCAUGCCUUACCAAGGGUUCGAGGACCAGAAAGAGCGAUGGAGAAGAGACAGUGAGGUACGACCAGCACGGAGCACGAGGGUCUCCCCAGAUGAGGUUGAACGAACCAUGACACCAACAACAGCGGUUAGCAACCCAGCCUCUGUCAAGAGUAACCCGACGAAGCUCAAAGAAGGUGAAAAGUUACUAGAAUAGUACCAUAAGACUGCCUUACCGAUCGUGGAGGUUAAGGUCGGAGCUGUAGGGGGGAGAGAACCCAGGGGUGUGCGAGCCUUGGCCCUGCUAGACACAGGGAGUGAUCGUUCAUAUUGCACCAAAUCCUUAACGAAGAGACUAUCGGUAGUGGGAGUCCCAACCACAAUAGAGAUCAACACAUUGGGGCAUUAAACACGCACGACGAUGAUGCAGACUCACGCAAGAGUGCGGGGCACGCGCGGACAGAAGAAUAAGGCUAUCGUUAUGCACAACGUGCUAGUGGUCCCGGAACUCCCACAGGCCCUAGGGUCCCACGUAGCACAGGGAGACGAAGUGAACAGUUGGAGCCACCUUCGAGAUCUGGAUUUAACCAAUGGAGACUUGGGCGGAGAGGACCUACUUAUUGGACUAGACAAUCCGCUAGCUAUGCGGCCCUUGGAGGUGAGGAGGGCAAGCGACGAAGAGCCUUUUGCUGUACGCACCGCAUUAGGAUGGACCAUCAACGGAUCACUUACACCGACAAAAUUAGAUCCUACAGCAACUGCACAUAGCUGUUUGACCAUCUUCGAGUAAGAAGGGGAAGGGAACAGUGCACACGCUACGCUAGAAGAACAAGUACGCUUAUUCUGGGAGAUGGAGGAACCAGCGUUGAAUACUCCAGAAAAGGAAGGCCAAUCGGUUGAUGACAGGGCGGUGCUGAGACUAUGGGAUGAGACAGUCGACAGAUGGGGUUCGCAUUACGUAUUCCCGAUCCCUUUCAAGAAAGACACUGAAUCAAGACACGACAACCGUAGGAUGGCCGAGAGCAGACUGAAUAGCUUGAGAGCGCGACUUUCCAGACAUCCGGCCCUGCGAGAAAGAUAUGCCCGAGAAAUCGACAACUACUGAUGAUGGGGCAUGCAGAGAAAGUACCGAUCGACAAACUGUUCACGGGUAAAAGGACCUGGUAUUUUCCCCACCACCCAGUCUUUAACCCUCGCAAACCAGAGAAGGUGCGGGUAGUGUUCGACUGUGCCGCAGCCCAAGAUGGAGUUUCGCUCAGUUCAAAAGUCCGACAGGGCCCCGAUUUAAAUAAUAACUUGUUAGGGGUCCUUGUCCAAUUUAGACAAGAGCCCAUCGCAGUGACGGCGGAUAUAAAGGCCAUGUUUCACCAAGUACGAAUAGCUGAAGAACACAAGGACGCUUUGCGGUUCCUUUGGUGGCAGGAGCCGAGCUUGACGGGUAGGCCGACCACCUUUCGGAUGAUAGUUCAUCUGUUCGGCGGGAUGUGGAGCCCAUCUUGCCCUGCCUACGCCCUGAAGAAGACGUUUAGGGAUUACGGGAUGAGCACCCACCUGGAGUGGAAGGCGCGGUGAGGAAUUUCUACGUAGAUGACCUUCUCUUAUCAACCGUAACCGUGACCGAGGCAAUGGAGAUGGUGCGAGAACUGACUGCUCUCCUAGAGAAGGGGGGCUUUCACCUUACUAAGUGGACUAGCAACAGCGAACCGGUAAUCUCGACCAUCCCGAUGAACGAGAGGAGUGAUGUCGUUAAGGAACUCGGGCCGCAGACGAGGGGACGACCUGUCAGUCAAGCGCUGGGCAUAAUCUGGGACACAGAGAGAGAGAAACCCCUCAGCAAAAGAGUUAUACUGAGCACGUACAGCGCGGUCUAUGACCCACUAGGGAUGCUAGCACCGUUCGUCAUCCGGGAAAAGAUACUUUUCCAAGGGCUGUGUAGGGAAAGCCGGGGCUGGGAUGAAACUCUGGAUGAUGAGACCGCGAAAAAAUGGCGCGUGUGGCUAUUAAAGCUGGAGUCACUUGCAGACUUCAGUAUUCCAAGGUGCUACUGUAACGUACCUGCCGGCAUACCAACACCGCAGAAGCCAGUUAAAAGCCAACUGGGAAAAUUGGGAAUAAUCCCUUGUACAUGGCCAUGGUUAUUUACCGGAUCCAGUUUCUCCUCAGCCGAAACAAUACCCGUAGAGGUUAAUAUGUCAUAAGUAGAUAACCACUUGCACGCAUGUAUAUUUUUGUAUAUAUAGAUAUUUACGUUAGGACUUAGAAAUUAAGGGAAAAUUAAGUUUAGAAUUAACAUACAAAAAGACAACCUCAGAAAGACAGAGGAAGGAUAGAUUAAUGUACCAAGCUGAAAGGCGAGAAGGAAGUGUUGGAACCUUGAGGUGGCCACGUCGCCAGGAGAGGUAGCGAGGAAACCGCUCUGCCAGGCCAGAUUCAUUCUGGACUUAACCUUUCCGCACGGCACAGGUAAGCUCACCGCUCGCUAGAGUCCUGAGUGCCUGGGAGUGAGAGAUAGCCCUAGCCGGCGUUCAUUAGUGAUUCAUUCGGGACUUAACCUUUCCGCACGGCACAGGUGAGGGCGCGAGACAGCUGUCCAGGGGUUAGACAAGGCGAGUGGCCCGCCAUCUUGAUGCCGCCCCCAUUGAGAGUCGGGAAUGGACCCAGACGCCAGUGAUGGACAAGGGUCGUGGCCUUAGUCAUGAGUGCCUGAAUGGAGCCAAGGUAAGGGCGAGCCAGUCCAGUCCCUGCCGCCUCCCCCCCCCGCGACCAGCAGGCUGGUGAUGGGAAUAGAAGCGGAUCCGAAACCCCCCUUUAGGCACGGCACAACAACAUAGUGUAGCUCGCAGGCCUCCACCAAGCCAAGGAAAUUGUGUAAACCGGGUAAGAGGCAUCCGCUUGGUGGACGAGGGGCAAAACAGUGACCUCACCCCCCCUUUAGCUGUAACAGUCUGAUCUUUCUCUCACACUUACUCUUUUCUUCCGGUUUUUGUUAUGAAUGUGUUUUUUUGUGUGUGUGCACGCCGGUGCAGGCAGUUGAAAUCGGAGUGUCUAGCCAAUCGGGCGGUAGCCCUGUGAUAUAUCCCGACAUGGGUUCAUUUCUCUCGCGUGUAGCAUUUGUCAAUAAGAAUAUUAGGGAUUAGAAGAAAGGUUUUCACAUUUGUAAACAAUACAUGCCACACUUCCUUCGUCUAGUGAGGAUAUGGUUAGAACCAGAGACCCCUAGACGACUUUUUCUGGAAGAGGCUUAAGCCUGUGACUCCAGGUCCAUAGCCUCAGUCAAAAUAUUAGGUAGGGUUUUCUUUUUUUGGUGGAUAUUGUGACUUGUGUAUUAACCAAAACAUGCUACACUCCCAUCGGGAGUGAGGAUUAUUGUUAGGGGGAGCAAAUCAAUAAAUUGUAUUCUGUC